AAAAUCUUGAAAUUAAAUAGGAAAAAAAGGGAUUUUGAUGUGCCAGAACCAGCAUUUUUAAGGAAGAAAAGAGAGAAAAACAUAGGUGGUGGUGGUUGUUGCAGAUAACGAAUGCUCACUGGCACUGUGAGAGAAUAAAGGGUUCUUCUCUGCAAGAAUCUUUCUUUGUGGUUUUUUGCUUUUCUUUUGUAGUUCUGCCCAACAAUGGGACACCAUUAAAGCUUCAAAAGCACUUAUAUAAUUGGCAAAAUAUGAGCUAUAAAGUUUAGAGAGAGAGAGAGAAAUUGUGAAAAGAAAAUUGUCGGUAAAUGAAGUGAUAAUGGUGGUUAAAAUGUGGUUUGGCACUGAGUUUUAUGUAAAACAUGUAACUCCACUUGUCUUCUUCCGUGCAUGGUAAUUUUUUGUGCCUUUUCAAUUUGUAACCAACUCCCACUCUUUUAUCCUUGUCGGAAGGCUCCAAUUCUUAGAAAAGAUUCAGGGGUUUCUUUUUCUUUAAGGACCCAACGAGUUUUUUAUCCUUAAGAAAAUGGGAGCUUGCGGAGAAGCUCAGUCAAUCUUGUGGUCAGUUUAGUAUGAACUGUAAUGAAGGCUCUGUUUGAAGUUUGUGGUUGCUUAAUUCGAAGGUAUUCCAAUUAAAUUUUAUGGGGGCUUAAUUCUGUUCAGACAAGUCUCUUUGACCAUUUGGGUUCACCAGAAACUUGUUUUUGCUGAUAAGAAAGGCACUCAGAUUCACAAUAAUUCCGGUCUUCUUCAGGAGUGAAAAUCUCCAAAUUCUGAUUCAUUUCCUGUUCUUUCAGACAAACUUCUCCUGAAAUCACUAGAAUCAAGUCGGCGAAUAGUUUAAGUGCUUGUGGUUUUUCCACCAGACCCCGCACCUUGUUCAGUGGAGCUGAUGGCUAAACAUUUCUGCCAAAUAGUGUUCCUAUUUUUGUUUGUCCUAUUGAUUUCAGUGUCCUGUAGAGAGCAGCAACAAUCAUCCCAAGUAGAAACUCUCCUGAGAAUUAAACUCCUCCUAAACUCUCCAUCUUUUCUGAGUAGCUGGAAGAAUGACACAGAUUUCUGCAAAAGCGAACCAACUGCUACUCUCACUGUUGUUUGCUAUGAAGAAAACAUAACUCAGUUGCAUAUUGUCGGGGAUAUUGGGGCUCCUCGAUUACCAGAGAAUUUCUCAAUUGAUUCCUUUGUUACUACACUUGUGAAGCUUCCAAGCUUGAAAGUCCUCAGAUUGGUGUCUCUUGGUUUAUGGGGACCACUGCCGAGCAAAUUUAUGCGCUUAUCAUCCCUAGAAAUAGUAAACUUGACUUUGAAUUUCUUCCAAGGCAACAUUCCGCCAAGCAUAUCAUCAUUGGAACACCUUCAAACACUAAUACUUGAUAGCAAUAACUUGACAGGUAGGCUGCCAGAUGGCCUCGGUUCACUUUCAUCUUUGGCUGUUCUGAGUUUGAAGAACAAUUCUUUAAGUGGAUCCUUGCCACAUUCACUGGGAAGUUUGGAAAACCUCAGAGUUCUUGCGCUGUCUAAUAACAAUUUCUCUGGUGAAGUGCCUGAUCUCAGCAGGUUGACAAACCUUCAAGUUCUUGACUUGGAAAACAAUGUUCUUGGGCCUCGAUUUCCAGUAGUUGGUGACAAAAUAGAAAGAAUUGUGCUAAGGAGCAAUAAGUUCACUUUUGGGAUUCCGGAGAAAGUUCAAUCCUAUUACCAGCUGAAAAUCUUGGACAUUUCUUCCAACAGAUUUGUCGGACCGUUUCCAGUAUCUUUGUUAUCUCUGCCAUCAAUUACUUAUCUGGAUAUUUCAGAAAACAAAUUCACUGGGAUGCUUUCUGAAAAUCUUCCUUGCAAUGAUGAGCUUGGUUUUGUGAACUUCACUGCUAAUCUGUUGACCGGAAAACUGCCCAACUGUUUACUGUCUGAUCCGAAGAAAAGGGUAGUUCUAUAUGCUGAAAAUUGUUUGGACGCUGGAGGUGAAAACCAACGACAAAUUUCCUUCUGUAAGAACGAGGCUCUAGCUGUGGGAAUAUUACCUCAUUCUCAUAAGCAAAAACAAGCUUCCAAAGUAAUUCUUGCUUUAAGCAUAACUGGAGGAGUUAUUGGGGUAAUAGUUUUAGUUAGUGUAACCUUUCUGGUGGUCAGGAAUUUUCUUGUCAAGACAGCAGCACAAACACCUCUACCAGGAUACAAGACAGAAAAUGCAUCAACUGGCUACACCUCAAAGUUUCUUAAAGAUGCAAGAUAUAUAACUCAAGCAAUGAAACUGGGAGCACUUGGGCUUCCAGCUUAUAGGACCUUUUCACUGGAAGAACUUGAGGAAGCAACCAACAACUUCGAUACAUCAACUUUCAUGGGAGAAGGAUCUCAUGGCCAGAUGUACAGAGGUCAACUCAGGGAUGGUUCCUACGUUGCAAUUAGAUGCCUUAAACUGAAAAGAAACCACAGCACUCAAUAUUUUAUGCCUCACAUUGAAAUGAUAUCAAAACUCAGACAUCAGCAUUUGGUCAGUGCUCUUGGACACUGCUUUGAGUAUUACUUAGAUGAUUCAAGUGUAAGCAGAGUAUUUCUGGUGUUUGAAUAUGUGCCAAAUGGGACUCUCAGAAGCUGGAUAUCUGAGAAGCGAGUUAGACGAAAGCUUACGUGGGCUCAGCGCAUAGCUGCUGUUACGGGGGUAGCAAAGGGCAUUCAGUUCCUCCAUACUGGAAUUGUGCCAGGUCUCUUUGGCAACAAUAUCAAAAUAACAGAUGUUUUAGUUGAUCAGAACCUUGUUGCAAAAAUUAGCAGCUACAACCUGCCUUUGUUAUCAGAAAAUAUGGGAAAAGAUCAGCUCCAAAAUUUUCUCGGUGUAUCAAAGGAGUUUAAGAGUGCAAGGACAAAGCAUCAAGAUAAGUUGGAUAUUUAUGACUUUGGGGUGAUUUUACUAGAAGUCAUCUCAGGAAAGCCUAUGAUUUCCAGGAAAGAAGUGGAGGUUCUAAAAGAUCAGUUACAAGCCAGCAUCAUAGCUGAUGAUACAUCAAGAAAGAGUUUCAUCGAUCCAGCAGUUAAAAACUCGUGCUCGGGUGAAUCUGUGCAAACGAUGAUCGAGAUAUGCUUGAGAUGCUUGCUCAAGGAUGUUGCUGAAAGACCUUCCAUUGAAGAUGUACUCUGGAAUUUGCAGUUUGCUGCUCAGGUUCAGGACGCAUGGAGGGGUGAUUCCCAGAGCAGUGAGGGCUCUCCCAUUUCUCCUCUGCGAACUUCAGGCUUGAAGCUGACUAUCAAACAAUAGAUGAUAACAGGUAUUUCCUAUUGCCUCCCAAAAGCCAUGACUCAAAACUAAUUUCUCAAUUUGAUCUCUGUUUCCGCACUAAGAAAAACUGCCACUCCAGCAUUAUUUAAGAGCAUGUUGAAAUUUUUAAAAAGAUUGUUCGAUACCGCACGUCACAUACUACAUUUGGUGCUUUUGCUGAUUCAUUCUGUAAACAGACCUUGUAAGUUUACUUUUCUAUCAUUUCUCAUCUUCAGAGAUUUUGCAUUCAUAAGAAGAGGAGCGCCGCUAAGGAAAUUAUAUUGGAUCCAGCAACAUAGACAAGUUGUAUGUAUUGUACUCCGAAGAUUCGAUCUUCCCAGGCUGUACCUCAUAGCUUUCUUCCUAAAGUAGGGAGAGAAAUGUUUAUGACAAUAUCAUAGGAGUACAGGCAAGAUAUUGUCCUGAAAAAAUUAACUAUUUCAUUGUCUUUAACUUCACUAAAAUUUUCCUUUCUAAGUAAAA